AUCUGCAUAUUCACAACUUAUCUCCUAGUUUAAUCUUUGAAGUUGAUUGGAUAAAUUUCUCCAAUAGUAAAGAAAACCAAGGAUAAAUUAAACAAGUUUUUCACUAGUUAAAGUUAAUUUAUUCGUGAUUACUGUUUUAAAAUUUAUUUAUAAAAAUGAUUUUAGUUUAUUGAAGAUUGUUAUGAUUUUAGAAAUAUCUAAGGAGAAUAGUAUUUAAACAGGUUCUGAUGAAAGAUGUGUCUUAACCUGUGUUGCAGUUGCAGAGUUCCAUUGGUCUUAAAGAUGCAGACUUUGGUCUGGGAAGCGCUGAGUCCCUCAGCACUCCUCAGUCCAUCCCCAUCUUCAAUUGCUUCUUCUACCAACCGAGCAAGCCUCUAUCUUCCUUACUCCUCAAACCAGAAAUCCAAACUUUACAACGAGCCACCGAGUUCCGCCACCUACGCUUCUAUUCUCGACAAUUGUGGGUCCCCCACCAUCGGAAAACAGCUUCACGCCCACUCCAUAAAGUCAGGGUUUCAUGCCCACGAGUUUGUUACCACCAAGUUGCUCCAGAUGUAUGCAAGAAACUGCUCUUUCCAGAACGCAUGCCAUCUGUUCGACACAAUGCCCUUUAGAAAUUUACACUCAUGGGCCGCACUCCUGCGUGUACACGUUGAAAUGGGUUUCUUUGAGGAAGCCUUCUUGCUCUUUGAACAAUUGCUGUAUGAAGCAGUGGGAUUGGAAUUUUUCGUAUUCCCUGUGGUGUUGAAGAUCUGUUGUGGGCUUUGUGCUGUGGAGCUGGGUAGGCAAAUGCAUGGGAUGGCAUUGAAAUAUGGGUUUGUUAAGAAUGUUUACAUUGGUAAUGCUUUGAUAGAUAUGUAUGGUAAAUGUGGGAGCUUAGAUGAGGCCAAGAAAGUUCUGGAAGGAAUGUCCCAAAAGGAUUGUGUCUCUUGGAAUUCUUUGAUCACUGCUUGUGUUGCUAAUGGAUUGGUAUACGAGGCGUUGGAUCUCUUGGAAAAUAUGACUGCGGGUGAGUGUGGUUUAGCACCUAAUCUUGUUUCUUGGAGCGUGGUGAUUGGUGGAUUCGCGCAAAACGGUUACUAUGUUGAGUCAGUUAAACUGCUUUCUAGAAUGGUGUUGGAAGCAGGGAUGAGACCGAAUGCUCAAACGCUGGCCAGUGUUCUUCCGGCUUGUGGGAGGAUGCAAUGGCUAUCCCUUGGGAAAGAAUUGCAUGGCUAUGUUGUUAGACAUGAAUUCUUCUCUAAUGCUUUUAUUGUGAAUGGGUUAGUGGAUACGUAUAGAAGGUGCGGUGAUAUGGAAAGUGCCUUCAAAAUGUUUACCAGAUUUUCUAGGAAAUGUGCUGCAUCUUACAAUGCAGUGAUAGCUGGUUACUGGGAGAAUGGCAACGUGUUUAGGGCCAAGGAGUUGUUUGACCAGAUGGAGAAAAAAGGUGUAGAAAGGGACAGAAUAUCAUGGAAUUCUAUGAUAUCAGGGUAUGUGGCCUAUUCUAUGUUUGAUGAAGCUUUUAGCUUGUUCAGAGAUUUGCUGAAGGUAGGAAUUGAGCCUGAUUCUUUCACUCUAGGAAGUGUUCUUGCUGGCUGUGCUGAUAUGGCUUCUAUUCAACGAGGGAAAGAGAUACAUUCCCAGGCCAUUGUCAAAGGUCUGCAGUUCAACAGUUUUGUUGGUGGAGCUUUGGUAGAAAUGUACUCUAAAUGCAGGGACCUAGUGGCUGCACAAAGGGCAUUUGAUGAUGUAACUGAAAGCGAUCUUCCAACUUGGAAUGCUUUGAUUUCAGGCUAUGCCCGCUCCGAUCAAACUGAAAAGAUUGGACAACUUCUCCAGAAAAUGAAAAGAGAUGGUUUUGAACCAAAUGUGUAUACAUGGAAUGGUAUUAUAGCUGGUUAUGUGGAAAAUAAACGGUGUGAUUCUGCAAUGCAAUUGUUCACUGAAAUGCAGAUUGCAAAUUUUAGGCCUGACAUAUACACAGUUGGAAUGAUUUUGGCUGCAUGCUCUAAGUUGGCUACAAUCCAACGAGGAAAGCAGGUCCAUGCUUAUUCCAUAAGAGCGGGGCACGACUCAGAUGUUCACAUUGGAGCUGCCCUAGUGGAUAUGUAUGCAAAAUGUGGGGAUGUUAAGCAAUGCUAUCGUGUAUAUAACAGGAUAUCAGAUCAUAAUUUAGUGUCGCACAAUGCUAUGAUUACUGCCUAUGCCAUGCAUGGGUACGGGGAUGAAGGAAUUGCUCUUUUUCACAGAAUGUUAGCUGGCAAAGUAAGGCCAGACCAUGUGACUUUUCUUGCAGUUCUUUCUUCAUGUGUUCAUGCUGGAUCAUUGGAGAUUGGUCAUGAAUGCUUUGAUUUGAUGGCAACUUACAAUGUGGCGCCCUCAUUGAAACAUUAUACAUGUAUGGUUGACCUGUUGAGUCGUGCAGGCAAGCUCGACGAAGCAUAUAAACAUAUCAAGAACCUGCCAAUGGAAGCGGAUGCAGUGAUCUGGAAUGCUCUGCUUGGUGGUUGUUUUAUUCACAAUGAAGUUACCUUGGGUGAAAUAGCAGCAGAAAAACUCAUAGAAUUGGAGCCUGAUAAUCCUGGAAACUAUGUUAUGUUGGCAAACUUGUAUGCUUCUGUGGGGAAAUGGCAUCAUCUUGCUCAAACUAGACAAUUAAUGAAAGAUAUGGGAAUGCAAAAGAGUCCAGGGUGCAGUUGGAUGGAAGAUAGAGAUGGAAUUCAUGUGUUCGUUGCUAGUGAUAAGACUCACAAAAGAACAGACGACAUAUAUUCUGUUCUUGACAGUUUAACCAAUUUAAUUCGAGUUAAGCAUAUAAAUCAUUUAUGACCUCAGCAUAUAGUUAGUUAUCUAUAAAGAAUACAAAAUAGUAGACAAAAAAGUAAUCACACGCGUGGCACAAUCCCAAAAAAGAUAUAACCCCCUAAAGUAAAGAAGGCAUGAAUACCUAAUAUUGCAACACGUGUUGUUCUAUACGAGUGACACGUGUCCUAAUUCAAAUACAAAUUACUUUCCUACUAAAUCUCAAUUCAGUAUCCCAAUCUCUCAUCUUUGCUUGUCAUCCCAAUGUGUUGGUGUUUCUUUCAUCCAGAAUCUCUAAAUCUCAAUUCAUUAUCCCAAUCUCUUAUCUCAGCCCAUUAUCUAACUUGAACAACAAAAGAACGAAGAGCCGCACCAUUGUCUAAAGAGAGAACCAUCUUAAGAGUCUGCAACGUUGAAGAGAGCCAUCCUGUAACCAAGCAAGAGGCCCAUUUGGAGAGCCUCGACUUGAGGGUGAUGCAAGUACAAACCUGCAUCUAUAUUAGAAAAGGGUUAAGUUGUGUGUAUUUUUCUUCUUUUUCUUAUAUAAUUCUUAAAUGGGAAAACAAUGUAGAUGCACCAAAUUUCAUUUAGCUUUCUACGUCUUAACCAUUACAUUUAUUCAUUUAUUGGUUUUUCUCUAGGACUUCAUCAAUUUAACCUAGUACAGACAUAAAGAAACUCAUAUGCCAUAUCCUUUAAAUGUUGUUAAAGUGAAAUUUUACAAAAUACAAACUCGGUGCUUUUACGAUAUCGAUGAUAAAAAAAAAUAAAAAAAUCAAAACUUGAGGUAGGUAAUUUUUUUUUACAAAAAUACUUUUGCAAUGAUCCAAUCUACGCAUGGAACUUAGCCAUUCUACAAAUACAAUAAAAUAGCGAAAGCCAAAUGAAAUCUGAUUUGUAACGGGUAAUAAUUUGACUAUAUCAAUUUUCUUCUUCUUUAUUUAGCUUGUUGAAAUUCUUUAUAUGCAAUUCACACAAUUAUUUUCCAAACUUCAAAUAGAAAUCAACCUUAAUUGUUUCUACAUCAUACUCAUACAUACCCACUUUUCACUCUUUCUAGUAAUUUUCAUUCCCAAAAUUCCCACUUUCCUCUUACUCAUCCAAGAAACCUAUACAACUAUGUUUUUGACUUCUCAAAUUCAAGGCAAAAAAUUGAAGACGAUGGUCAUGAACUUAUGCAAAAAAAAAUGUUCUCUCUACUUUACAUCUAUAGUUCUUAUAUAAGAAAAAGAAGAAAAUACCUACAACCUAAACCCUUUUUGAUGCAAAUGAUGCACGUUUGUACUUGUCAUCCUCAAUCCCAGGCU